AAAAUGGAAACUUUGUUCCAGCACCUGACUCGAGGCAACGCUCUGCUCCUCGUCGUGGUUUUGGGAAUCGGAGGAAGCUUUCAUCCUGGUUACCAUAUCACAGGACUGAGCUCUCCUUCACCAUACAUUCAACACUUCAUCAACAGUAGCUGGUGUGACAGAUACGACAAGCCUCCAUCUCCACAAACCGUCACCAUGAUAUGGUCCCUCAUUGUCUCCAUGUACGCUGUCGGUGCGUUCCUUGGUGUCGUCAGCGUUAACUUCUUCGCCCGGAGGCUUGGCAGAAAAAGAGCGAUGAUCUGCAACAGCUUCAUCUCCAUCGUCGGUGCAGGGAUCAUGCUUACAAGCAAACAAGCCAAAUCGUUUGAAAUGAUCAUUGUUGCAAGGAUCCUGUUUGGUUACUCCUCAGGUAUGGGGCAGAACAUCCACUUGAUGUAUCUGGUGGAGAUGUCACCCAGAAAGAUUAGAGGACCAGUGACUAUGACUUUUGCCACUUUUGUUUCGUUUGGGAAACUCUCUGGUCAGAUUUUUGGAUUGAGUGAGAUACUGGGUCGCCAGGACCUGUGGCACGUCGUCCUCUGUGUUCCUGCGUUCUUCUCAGCGGUUCAGAUCGUCGCGCUCCCUUUUUUUCCUGAUGCUCCAAGAUAUUUAUUCAUAGAGAAAGGAGAUGAUAAGGCAUGCAAGAAGGCCCUCCAGAGCCUGUGGGGCAGAGGUGAGUACAAACAGGAAAUGGACGAGAUGUUGAGCGAGCAGCAAGUUCUUGAAGCGGCUCCACCAAAGAGCCCCCUGCAGCUGCUGAGGGACAGGACCGUCCGCUGGCAGCUCAUCACCGUCUACACCGUCUGCAUGUGCAACCAGCUGUCAGGCAUGAACACGAUUGGCACCUUCUCUUUCGACAUCUUCCUGAAGACGGGCAUCCCACAAGACAAGAUCCGUUACGUCUCUCUUGGUCUUGGAGUUGCUGAAAUCCUCACCUCCAUCUCCUGUGGUCUUGUGGUUGAGCGCACAGGGAGGCGGCCGCUGUUCUGGGGAGGCUACGGUGUCAUGUCUGCAUCCUGGCUGUUGGUCACCAUCACUCUCAACCUGAAGGAUUUAGGCUCCUGGGUUUCAUAUAUUACUGCCAUGUUGAUCAUCUUCUUCAUCAUCGUGUUUCGUGGGGGGCCUGGAGCGGUUACGGCUACGCUCAGCAGCGAGCUCUUCGUCCAGUCUGAUCGUCUGGCAGCGUUUGUCCUCAUGGGGCUGCAGCUUUGGAUCACGUUCGCAGUGCUGGGACUGAUCUUUCCAUUCCUCAUUAAUGCUCUGGAUGCUUACUGCUUCCUGCUGUUCAGCGGUGUGUGCCUGCUGGGCAGCCUUUAUACCUUCUUCAUUCUGCCUGAAACUAAGGGCAAGACCCUGCUGGAGAUCUCCAAGGAGUUUAGAGCCAUCACUGUCUGUGGGAGAUCCUUCUCAGAGGGAAAAAAAAUGGAGACCAGGUUGUGA